AUGGGUAAUAUAUCAGUGAUUACUAUACUUAUACUCUCUGGGUUCAACGGCACAGCAAACUACAGAAUCACUCUUUUUACUCUGACCUUAUUGUGUUAUUGUAUCAUAUUGUUGGCGAACUUGACGAUAAUUAUUACAAUAAUUGUGGAUAAAAGCCUCCAUGAGCCCAUGUACAUCUUCCUGUGUAACCUGUGCAUCAAUGGACUUUAUGGAACAGCUGGAUUUUAUCCCAAGUUCCUGAAUGAUCUGCUGUUUUCCACUCAGGUCAUCUCUCAGGCUGGAUGCCUUCUGCAGGGUUUUGUCCUACACUCCUCAGCUUGUGCUGAUUUUUCUAUUCUUGCUCUAAUGGCCUAUGACAGAUAUGUGGCCAUAUGUCGCCCUCUGGUUUAUCACUCUGUGAUGACUAAAAAAAAGAUUAGUGUGUUAGUGUUCUUGGCUUGGCUUCUUCCCUUGUAUUUUUUGUUAAUGAGCACAGUCACAACAAUAUCAACGUUGUGUGGCUCCAUCAUACCAAAGAUCUAUUGUGUUAACUUUUUAAUUUCUAAUCUUGCUUGUUCUCCCUCAAUAGCCAAGGAUAUUAUUCCAUUUAUUAAUUACUCUUUUUAUAUUCUUCAUGCAGGUUUUGUUGUUUGGACUUAUAUCUAUAUGAUCAAGACCUGUUUAAAAUCUAAAGAGAACAUGAACAAGUUCAUGCAGACGUGUGUACCACAUGUGUUUGCUGUAAUGGUUUUCAGUGUGUCUUUGCUUUUUGAUUUGUUGUACAUGAGAUUUGGUUCCAAAGAUUUAUCACAACAUGUCCAGAACUUCAUGGCAAUGGAAUUUCUUGUUAUUCCUCCAAUUAUUAAUCCACUAAUUUAUGGAUUCAAAUUUACAAAAAUAAGAAAUCGUAUUCUGUUUGUGGACAACUUUUUUAGACUAAAGUUGCAAAGUAAAAAACAAUUACUCUGUCAUUUGUAAUUAAUGUAGAUUAAAAUUGUCUCCACUGUUGUGUCUUUGACAACAUAUGGACCGUGCUCAUUUGAAAAGAUGCUUG